GCCUGGAGCCUUGUAUUAUCAGCCAUGGUCAACCCCACCAUGUUCUUUGACAUUGCCAUCGACAGCAAGCCCUUGGGCCGCGUCUCCUUCAAGCUGUUUGCAGACGAGGUUCCAAAGACAGCAAAAAACUUUUGUGCUCUGAGCACUGAAGAGAAAGGACUUGGUUAUAAGGGUUCCUGCUUUCUCAGAAUCAUUCCAGGGUUUAUGUGUCAGGGUGACAACUUCACAUACCAUAAUGGCACUGGUGGCAAGUCCAUCUACAGGGAGAAAUUUGAUGAUGAGAACUUCAUCCUAAAGCAUACAGGUCCCGGCAUCUUGUCCAUGGCAAAUGCUGGACCCAACACAAACAGUUCCCAGUUUUUCAUCUGCACUGUCAAGAUUGAGUGGUUGGAUGGCAAGCAUGUGGUCUUUGGCAAGGUGAAAGAAGGCAUGAAUAUUGUGGAGGUCAUGGUGCACUUUGUGUCCAGGUAUGGCAAGACCAGCAAGAAGAUCACCAUUGCUGACUAUGGACAACUUUAA